UGUUAGGGGUGUUAUAUUAAAAAGUAUUGUGUGUAUUGACCUGAAAUUUUGCAUGCAUAUAAAGCAUGUUCCCAUGCUUACGCUGGGGGAGCAUAGUAUUUACCAUGAAUUACCAAAUAUAUGAUUUUACUUCUUUAUGCAUUGAGCUGGAGUGUUUAAUUCACGUGUCUCAUGGAGGCAAGCUCUAUUGUAGCCUUGCUACCAAUUCUAAGUUUAUUGUUAGUGCACACUUUUCUUAUGCAUUAUUUUUAAAUGGCCUGUGGCAAUAAUAACCGGUAGAUGAUCUUUUUUGUGUUUGAUCCAUUCUAGUAGGAAUCGUCAUGCUCACUUAGAAAGUGUUGUGAUAAAAUCUGCAACAAGAUCAAGGCAGCAACUGCAGGAAAUAACAAACCUGACAGUAUGGGGUGUGGAGCCUCUGUAGUUACGGUCCCCUCCACAAUGGGGAAGAGAAGAGCAAUGGUCUCCGUCCUGGUGCAGACAGAUGGAGUCUAUGUCCCAGAGGACCCUAUCGUUAAAAGGACAGCUGAUGUUUAUCGCACUCCGAAUCUUGAGGGUGAAGGGGCCGAAGCUGGUGAGGAUGUAGUCGAUGACAAGACGCCUCUCUUAACCGACAGCCAUGGGCGCACCUACAAGACGCAGGGUAACUUCUACGGCCAUUUGGUGAAACACAACCCUGAAGAUGUGGAGGCGACGUGGCUGGCUGUGUGUGAAACUCUGGAUGUGCCUAAGGGACAGAAGAACAUGAGGAAGGAUUUAGUGGUCAGGAGAAGUGGAUGGAAAACAGUGAGGAUAUUUGUGUCCUCAACCUUCAAAGAUUUUCAACAUGAGAGGGAAGUCUUGGUCAAGCAGGUUUUUCCUGAUCUGAGGGCUUGGUGUGAGAAGAGACGUCUUCAUCUGGUAGAGUGUGAUUUGCGAUGGGGUAUCCCAAAAGAUUCGACCACAGAAUUGACCUUGAGGACAUGUCUAGGGGAGAUAGACAGGUGUUAUGCCGACAAUAUUAUGCCAUAUUUCCUGAACAUGACCAGUGAGCGUAUAGGCUGGAUUCCCACCCCUGGAGAUGUCCCUCAGAGCCUGGUGGAGGAAUACCGCUGGAUAUUCGGACUGUCAAUCACAGAGAUGGAGAUCAUUCAUGGAGCAUAUCGCCAAGACAACCCAAACUCUUUGUUCCUUGUCCGUAAUGAUGACUUUUUGGAGUCUGUACCACAACAACAUCGUCACAUGUUUCUUGAUGAACAUCCACUGGCUGCAGCUAAAAUUCAGAUGCUGAGGUCCAUGCUGGAGGACAGGUUCCCUAAAGAAAGGCUGGUGAAAUAUUCGUGCAAAUAUUCUGGCAUAAAGCCAGACAGUGACAAGAUAAUCCUUGACCUUGAUGACAUGUUUUACACCAAGGUGAUGGAGUUUUUCCAGCAGCGGAUCUCUCAGCAGUAUCCAUUGGAGGAGAGUAAUGUGGAUCCAUUCCAGCAGAUGAAGGAGUCACAUGAGUCCUUCAUGAAGCAGAGAUGUGACAGUGUUUGGGGGAGGAAAGCAAUACUGGAUGAGAUUGAUCAGUACAUAGAUGGAGCAGGGAAUGAUGUUCCUCAGCUGGUUCUGGGAAAUGCAGGCUCAGGCAAGUCCUCCAUUCUGGCCAAAGCAGCUGAUCAGACAGUGACUCGAGCUCUCAACCACAAAAUACCAGGUGGAGGGAAGCAAGGCUGGCACGUGUUUUAUCACUUUGUGGGGGCGGUACCAGGCUCUAUAGAGCUGGAGGGUGCCCUCAAACGACUACUGUUGGAACUAGGGGUGGUAAAGAGCAGUAGCAUGCCUAAGGACCUGGAGGAGGCAUCACAGCUCUGUUGUAGUACUCUGUCUAAUGUCAACACCAGGCCUAUUGUGGUUUUUGUAGAUGCACUUAAUCAGUUCCAGUCUGAUGCCGUUACCCUGUCCAUGACCUGGGUGCCUCGUAAGCUGGCCCCUCAGGUACGCUGUGUGUUCUCCAUGAUUCCUGACACUCCCCCACACGUCACCUUGACAACCAGAGAUACAGAGAACUGUCCCAAGACCCUUACAGUGCCUCCUUUGACCCUAAGAGCCAGGAAAGAAAUCGUGGCUGAAGUUUUAGGGCGUUUCCAAAAGAAGCUGACCUUGGAUCAGAUGAUUGAGUUGUUGAACAAAGAGUCGUCUGCAAACCCUCUCUGGUUGUCCAUUGCCUGUGAAGAGCUAAGAGUGUUUGGAGACUUUAAACAGAUCUCUGAGAAAGUGGCAAGCUUGAAGGACAGUUUGUUGGACUUGUUGGGUGAUGUGCUGGCCAGGUUUGAGGAGGAGAAUGGUAGCUUUUUACUGGUGGCCACACUCUGCCUAUUGGAGGUGUCCAUGUCAGGCCUGCUGGAGUCUGAGCUCCUUAAUAUCCUGUCUGAGGAGGAGAACCUCAUGCCUCCCAGCAACAAGGAGGAGAAAGGUUCUAAAGAGAAAUCGGAGAAAGAAAGAAAAAGGUUCAAGGGGGAGCAACUCCCUGCUUACAAAUGGGCACAGGUGUACCGGGCCCUGCGCACCUUUCUCCGCCCCUAUGGUGACAGUGGGGAGGGACGUCUAGAUUUCUACCACAGGUCCCUCAGCAAAGCAGUGAGGAGAAAGUACUUCAAGCUAAAUCCUGAUGGUUCAGAUUCAGGGGAGACCAAGAAGUUGUUCCGCUGGUGGCAUACUUUAUUGGCGGACUAUUUUCAGCAUUCAGAAAAUCUAGACAGGAAAGUUGAGGAAUAUCCUCACCAUGUUUUGUUCCUAAAUGAUCAAGAGAGAAUGACAGAAUUUCUGCUAGACCAGAAAGUUAUCGAUAAACUGUACAAUGAAGAAUUUAGCAGCUCCCUAUUGCUGUUCUGGAGAAAGGGAGCUGGAGGGAUAGAGAGAUUGACAGAGCUGUAUAAGGGACAGGCCCUCAACAUGGCUAACUGUGGUGACGUGAACAAGGAGAAGCUGACCGUCAAGCUGGAGCAAACAGGACACAUACUUCACCAGGCAGGCUCAUACGAGGAUGCCACAGAGCUGGCCCGUAUGGCAUACAACAUUGAGGAGAAGGAGCUUGGGAACAGAAUAGAGAGAAUGGUGGAUCUAUCUUCCCUUAUGUGCUACUGUAUUGAUGGGCAACUGAAGAGGCACGAGUUCUUAACCAGAUCCAUGUUGAAACAAGAGAAAGAGUGUAUUGAGUGGGCCAAGAAAGCAAUUGAACUGCGUAAACAGCUGAAAGGCAAAGUACACAAGUUUAAACUGGCAAAGAUGAUGGUACAACUGGGAUUUAACCUAUCCAGCUGGGCUCUGAUUGGUGGAAAUGAGGAGAUGACAACAGAAGCAGCCUUACAGGAGGGCAAACAGCAAGUGACAGCAGCCAUAGCUAUCUAUGAGGAGAUGAAGGACCUAGGGAACAUUGCAGAGGCUAAGAUGACACUAGCUGUUCUGUCCAGGACAGGGAGUACAGAACAACUGAAGCUUUAUGAGGAGGCAAUGGAUCUGUGUCAGCAGGUGUACGGUGAUUACUCAGUCCUGGCCGGCAGGAUUUACAUUAACACUGGCAUCUACUAUGAGGACAUCGGCAACUACAACAAGGCUUACGACUAUUUUCGUAACAAUUACCGCGUGCACCUGCAGGUGUUUGGAGCUGAACAUGUCAAGGCUCAGCGGGCGAGGAAGAUCCUCAAGGAACCCAUGUACUUGAGGAUAUCACGGGAAAGAGGUGACACUCUCCCGGAGCCUGAGAAUGAGGUGGUCACCUAAAUCAUCAUUGUGAUGAAUAUCCAUGUCAAGUUUCUCACUCAAAAGACCUUUAGUUUAGCAUACAGGCUACCAUUUCAUUCAAUUUAUUCCGUAAACAAUUCUUGAAAUGAUGUAGUCGUGUGAGGGAGAACACC